UGCUGGCUCUGCCCCAACCAAACAAAGAGGGCAGCAGCUUUUCAAACAGCGGCUUCCCAAAAAGUUGGCUGCUGCAGAGCUGGGCUGUGCUGGGACCCUGGCUGGCCACGGCCACUGAAGGAUGCAGCAGCAAGUUGGUACCGUCGCCUAGGAGGAUCCCGGCAGUCGUCUUUAGUCCCUGGUAGAGGAGCUGCUGUGUGCUUUGUACGCCCUCAUGUUUUAAGUGAGCAGGAUUUGAGCUGGAUUUUGCCCUGCCCUUCUGCCUGCACUUGCCUCCUGCUCACCAGCUGGACUCUGACCCACAGCCUGCCUUUCAGCAUCUUCUCUGAGGUACGGGACAGUGUCAUCUCCAGACCCAAAGGGCAGGCUCUGCAGCAUUAUGACACUUUCCACACAGUAGUUGUCAACGUGGGCAUCCCUGGUUCUGCUUGCCAUAACCUUCCAGGCCACCAAGGAGAUGUGAGGCUCCGGUCGGGACCUGCCAGCCUCGUGCAAUCAACUGCCACUUGCCAGGACUCGCACCGAGCUUCCUAGGGUACUGAGCUGCUGCUCGGGAUCCUGACCGCUCCUGAUUCCUCACUGUGCUGUUGGCAGUGGGGAAUCGAUGUCCAGUUUGGGACACUGGGCAGAGCCAAGCCCACCCAUUACCAUCCUCCGUGCCCUUGUCAGACCGGGGGACCAGGCUGGACCCCCCGCUCUGAGGGGGCUCUGCGUGACUGAGGGACAGGUUUGGGGCUGUCCCUAGUUGCUCCGGUGGGAAGAGCUGCCUCAUUCCUCCUCUCCGGCUGGGAACCGGAUCACUGCCCGAAGCUGGGGAUGGUGCUGCGUGGACCCACGGCCGGGGCCGGCAGCCCGGCGGCAGAGCACUAGCAGACCCCGAGGACCAUCGCGGGGCUUAGUGCUGUCUGGGGGGCUGCUGGCCUCCCCGCAGCGGCCGCGCUCUGGGGAUGUAGGUGUCGGCUGCAGGAGGGGUGCCGGGAGCGAUGGGCCGGCUGGACGACCACGCCAAGAGGAGGAUCGUGGAGCUGCGCAGGGCCGGGCUCAGCUUCCGCAAGAUCAAGAAGGUGCUGGAGCUGGACGACAUACGGGUGACGCCGCAGGCCGUGUACCUCUUCCUCAAGAGGAAGAGCGUGGAGCCGGGGUCGGCAGCAGCUGGCUGGGACGGGGACCAGCCCUGGCCCCCGCUGCGGGGGUGCGAGGCUGAGCCACCCAAGCCGCCGGGUGCCCGGCCCCCCGCGAUGCCCAGCGGGGGCCCUGCGGGCAGCCGAGACACCAAGGAGGGCAUCCAGAUCGUUAGCGUGGCCUCGCUCUGCAAGGAUGGCGGGCAGCUCGGGGAGGCCCUGCCCGUGGGACCGCCCUCCGGGAACGGCGACGACGGCUCCACAAGCACCCCCUCAGCUUCGGGGGGCCCAGCCACCCCCCCCCAGCACCUGCCCAGCCGAGAGCGGCUGGUCACACCCCCCGCCAGGAGCCCAGCCCUGAUGGUGAAGAAGAUGAUCGUGGACAGAGCUCUCCUCCCGCAGAAAAAGGUCAAAGACGCCAGCACUCAGACUGCCCUGCCAAACCCCAUGAGUCCUGGAAAUCAAAACCUUGCUUGGGGUGGACCAGUGCUUCCCCCAGGUCCCAGCUCCCAUGCCAUUGCCGAAAAGCUGGAUGCUGUACAGACAGAGAUCCAGAAGCUGAGCCAGGCCCUGCACAUGGUGCUGGAGAGGCAGUGCCGCCUGGAGCGCCAGCAGGAUCACCAGCAGCGGCUGCAGCAGGAGGUGCUGAUGACGCUGCAGCAGCUCAGCUCCACCGUGAGCCAUGGCGCCGUGCCAGCGAACCAGCCCUGCGCCCCCUUCAGCAGCAUGGCCGAGCCCUCGCCCACCGUGCCAAACUUCAGCCAGUUCAAGAUGGAGCUCAUCUGACCUCACGCAACAUCAGCGUGCUCUAGCAGCGCUGCACUGAUGGCAGGAGGAAGCUGUGAAGAAGAACCACCUCUCAGAGGCUGUGGCAGCUGCCUAAGGAUUAUGUGGGGCACCCAGCAGAGAAGGUCACUGAUGCCUCAUGUUUUCUGCACUGUUGACUGAAAGGAGCUGCCUGGCACAAGAGGCAGGGCACUGAAAUGCUGAGGCCUCGCUUCUCCUGUGCUGCCCAUCCCAGCUGGCGCUGGAUCUGGCUGGUGGCCCAUGGACUUCAGCAGCGCAGACAGGCUGCCUGCAAGUAGAAGAUGCAACUGAGAGAGACACAGCAGGGGGGUGGGUCUCAAAGAAAAUGCGAGGCUUCCUGUCAUGAGGGUCAGUGCUGUGAUGAUCAAUCACAGAAAUGCUUCGUGCCCUCCCUCUGCAGAGCCUUGUUCAGUAAAAAUCUAUAUACACCAUA